GAAGCCGUAUUCGUUGGCGGUCUUUCGUUUGCCGCGGUUCGGUCGUACUUCGGGCCAGCGGAAGUGACAUGACAAUAACCUGCUUGGAGAGGGAUGGUGUCGUUGCUGAUCUCCGUUUAGCGGAUUCCUUUUAUUUGAAAUAUGAAGUUCGGGGUGUCUUGGGUUCUGGAGCCAGUAGUACUGUGCGACGUUGCAUAGAAAAAGACUCUAAAGCCGAAUUCGCUGUUAAAAUUUUGGAUCUUAAUAGUGGUGUCGACACCUCAGAAGUUAUACGUUCAGAAUGCAUGCGAGAGGUGACAAUUCUGAGAAAAGUAGUUGACCACCCCAAUAUCAUAAGAAUUCAUGAUGUUUUCGAGGGGGAUGCAUACAUAUUUCUGGUCUCAGAAAUUUGUCAAGGUGGUGAACUUUUCGACUAUCUUACUCACAACGUCAUUAUUUCCGAAAAACGUACUCGUGCAAUCAUGCGGCAGCUGUUUGAUGCUGUUAAUUUUAUCCAUGACCGUCAAAUCGUCCAUCGAGAUCUCAAGCCGGAAAACAUUCUUCUUGAUGAAAAUCUUAACAUAAAAGUUACGGACUUCGGUUUGGCUGUAUUUGUUGACGAUGAAGAAGAGCUUAAAGAAACUCGUGGAACACCAGGUUACUUGGCGCCAGAGGUCCUGAUGUGUGGUUACUAUGAAGAUCAACCUCCUUAUGGUCAACCUGUAGACAUUUGGGCAUGUGGUGUGAUUAUGUAUACUCUGUUAGCAGGUUGUCCCCCUUUUUGGAAUCGUAAAGAACAUUUGAUGCUGCGCCAGAUUAUGGAAGGCCGUUUCUCUUUUCCUAGUCCAGAAUGGGAUGAUAUCAGCGAAUCUGCAAAGGAUCUAAUAUGUAAAAUUCUAGUUGUGGAUUCCAGCGUAAGGUUGACAGCUUUAGAUUCAUUGAAUCAUGCAUUCUUCCUACAACAAAAUGAUAUGUAUGGGCUGUCAACAUUUAGUCUUAAGUUCCUCCCAUAUAUUGUUUGCAUGCAGUUGGAUCACUUAAGUAGUAACGCUGAGAUCAAGCAUAAGUCUGUUAGUAAAACCGUAAACCCUUAUCGACAGAAGUGAUUGAAAUAUGUAUGGGACAUUUAUCCGCUACAAACCUUGCAUUAGUGAAACCUAUAGUUGGAAAGACAGCCUUCAAUGCUAGACAGAAAUUUAAGACUGGUAUGUUGGCUGUCAGUUUUAUAUUUUAUCUACGCCGUUUAAAAGUGGAUGCUGCUUAUUUAAAUAUCAAUCAGUUAUCUAUGGAUCCAUAUUCAAAUAAGAAAUUGCGUAAAAUUAUUGAUACACUUGCCUAUGAUGUUUAUAGUCAAUGGGUUAAGAAAGGUGAAGAACAAAAUCGUGCUGAAUUAUUUGAAAAUGUACCACGUCGUGAUAUGAUUGAUACACCAGAAGCAAUAUUUCACAAUAGUCCAAAACGUUCAGUGUUAGCCGGUGACUCCGUGAAUUAUACACCUUUCAAUUUUGAAGAUGAAGAUGAUGAUGAUAUCAGGAUACCGAUUAGAAUUGAUUAUUAAUAAACCCUUUAUUACAAUCUGUAGUCUAAAUUUAGCCCCCUCCCUACCUCCUCUCUCAAUAUAUAUAUAUAUAUAUAUAUAUAUAUAUAUAUAUAUAUAACUCGGUGCAAUAAAACAAGUAGGCCCUACAUGUCUUAACAACGAAAACAUCAUGUAUGCAAAACCUACCACUUAUUCAGAACUAAACUUCCUUGGAGUAUUUUCUUUUCAUUUAUUUUAUAAUGUAUAAAAGAAUUUGUUUUUAUUCUAUCCUUUUCUCUCUCAUUUUCAUGUCUUCAUUCUAGUUGUAUUGUGUUAUUUUGCAUCAUUUGGUUAGUCAAGUUGUAAUAAUCCUAGUUUAUUACUUAUUUCAUUGGAAUGCUCCGUUUGUUUGUUGGUGUUUUUUAUUAAUAAUGAGAAGAAAUCACUCAUUUGUCAUUUUUCAACUUAUUAAUAACUUUAUUAUUUCUUUAAAACAAUUAGUCCCUUUUUAUAAAUGUUGAUAGAGCGCAAUAAAAAACUGGAGUUGAUCAGAAUGAUAUGAUGUAUUUACACCAUACAUUUCGAACAAUCUGACCAAUAUAUAUUUUCAUAAGGGG